AUGGUGACGGGGGCUGGCCUCGCUUGCAGUAUUUCUGCUGCAUUCUCCGGCAGCACCGCCCGCAGCUCUCUCUUUAAAACAGAAGCUAGACGAUGCGCUGUGCCUGCAGCAGCAGCAGCAGCAGCAGCAGCAGCAGCAGCAGCAGCAGCAGCAGCAGCAGCAGCAACAGCAGCAGCAGCAGCAGCAGAACGAGGGCACAGGGAGACGUCAACGGGUGUACAGACAAAGACAGCUGGCUUUGCUGCAGCAGCAGCAGCUGCUGCAGCAGAGUGCCAAAUACGCAGCAAACAACGCAGCAAACACCAGCAGCAGCAGCAGCAGCAGCAGCAACAUAGCAUGCAGACAGCUGCGGUGUACCUGCAGCACGGAGGUCAGCAGCCAUUCGCUUCAAAGAAGAAAUUGCAAAAGAAAAACGAAGACGAAGCCCCCCCAGUACAGCAGCCAACGCGCCCGCCGAUGCUCCUGCAGCAGCAGCAGCAGCAGCAGCAGCAGCAGCAGCAGCAGCAGCAGCGGCAGCAGAGGAGGGAAGACAGCAAUGACUUUACCAGCAGCUGCUGCAGCAGCACACAAGGGGAACACCAGCAGCAACAGCAGCAGCAACAGCAGCAGCAACAGCAGCAGCAACAGCAGCAGCAACAGCAGCAGCAAAAACAGCAGCAAACGAUGCAAACAGCAGCAGCACGAUCCGGCGCAGCAGCAAAACACAAACAGACACAGCAGCAACACAAGCAGCAGCAACAGCAGCAAUACAAGCAACAGCGGCAACAGCAGCAACACAAGCAGCAACAACACAAGCAGCAGCAACGGCAGCAACCCAAGCAACAGCAGCAACAACAGCAACACAAGCAACAGCAGCAACACAAGCAGCAGCAACAGCAGCAGCACCAGCACCACCACCACCACCAACAGCAGCAGCAGCAGCAGCAGCAGCAGGAGCAGCAGCAGCAGCAGCAGCAGGGUGUGUACCUGCAAGGGGUGUGUACUGAUGCACGACGUUGA